AGGUGAGGGAAGAGAGAGGACAACACGGAGGGAUAUUUUAGUCCUUUUUGAAAAGUGUGUCUGGUAUUGUUAGCUGUGGGAUGGUGUUGUUAAUCCAUUAGAAUUUGGUCGCAAAACAAGGCAGGGUGUGAUCUGAGACUGAGAGUGAUAAUCAAUCAUAGUCAUAGCUGUCUGUAGCUCAGAAUUCCAUUCUGAAUCGCAUCACAUUCGAUAGUCUUCUCUUCUCAGGUGUGCUCUUUGCAAAUUUGCUAUCAUCUCUCUCUCUCGGAAUAGGAUUCUGGAAUGGCAGCAGUUUACAGUCUUUACAUCAUCAAUAAGUCUGGUGGAUUGAUAUACUAUAAGGAUUAUGGGUCUUCUGGAAGAAUGGAUACCAAUGACACCUUGAGGGUGGCCAGUUUGUGGCACUCGAUGCAUGCUAUCUCUCAGCAGUUAUCGCCUGUUUCAGGUUGCUUUGGAAUUGAACUUCUCCAAGCGGACACGUUUGAUCUUCAUUGCUUUCAAUCACUGACAGGGACUAAGUUCUUUGUGGUCUCUGAGCCUGGAGCACAAUACAUGGAAAGUUUAUUGAAAUUUAUCUAUGAAUUGUACACGGACUAUGUCUUGAAGAAUCCUUUCUAUGAGAUGGAGAUGCCUAUACGUUGUGAGCUAUUUGAUAUUAACCUGACACAGGCAGUGCAAAAGGAUCGUGUUGCGUUAUUGGGACGAUAAACUUAUCUGACCAAAUCUUGUUGUGCAAAACUUGUCACUAAUGCCUAGCAUCUGUAAUUGCUUUUUUACAGACAAAUUAAGAUUGACCCAAAUGUCUGAGAAAAGACAUGUUCCUAAUGAUCUCCAAAAUUCGAUGGAUUCCUCA